AUGCAACAGCAGGCCCAGAGUGGGGUCCUUCAUGAUGGGAGACAGCAGCGAGCCGGGCUGGUGAAGGCUGUCCCUGAUGGGGGACGGCAGCGGGCCAGGCCAGGCCCUCUGCGGGGAGAUGAGGAUGGGCUGACCCGGUGUGGACCCUCUGAGGGCAGCAGCGAUGGCAAACCGGGCCGCCGUUCCCCUGGGGCCAUCAGGCCGCUGAGCCGAGGCUGUGCCGCAGGAGAGGCAGCGGCGCUGGUGCUGGUGGCCGUGCUGUGGGGCAGCACCGGGCCGUUCCUGCGGACGGGCGCGGCGGGGCUGGAGGAGGUGCGGUGCCAGGGCCGCCUGCAGCAGCUGCUGGCCGAGAUCCGAUUCCUGGGCCUCAACUACAAGUACGUGGUGCCGUUUCUGCUCAAUCAAGGUGGAUCUCUCCUCUUCUACCUCACCUUGGCAUCUGCAGAUCUGUCCCUGGCCGUACCGCUCUGUAACUCCCUGGCUUUGAUAGUCACGCUGGUGACUGGGAGGAUUCUGGGAGAGGACAUUGGUGGUAAAAAGUCUGUGGCGGGAAUGCUGCUCACUGUCCUCGGAGUCACGCUCUGUGUAGCUGGUUCGUGA